AUGACCGAUUACUCGUAUCCCCCACAACCAUACGCCAACGGCUAUCCUCCACCAUCACGGACUGCCACGACUAAUACCACUACAACUACUGCUGCUGCACCUUAUCCCCCGACGAACUCAACUGCCGCCUCUUCUUCAAAUGGCACUACUGGCAAGAGAUCGAGAAACCAACCCGUCGAUUGGAACGAAUUCUUUGGCGGCAAGCCUCCCAAGGAAAUCAUAGUCAUUGAUGAUGAUGAUGAUAAUGACGACGAAGCGCCCGCUGCCAACCAGACAUACCAGAACCCCGCCGCAUCCGCCAGCACAACUCAGCAGCACACGGACAAGCGCCGAAAGACAACAAACUACGAUCCCGUCUACCACCACGCCGAAUACUCCAAUACCCACACGCCUUACUAUGACGCUGCCUCGACCGACCAGAACACUACAUCCUACAAGACGUCCGCUGCCACAUCCUUAGCCUCGCAGCCCAGUGCGAGUGCCUAUGCCGAAGAUGCUGCCACCGGCCAGAAACGCAAGAGGACCACUCGUCAGGCUGCUGCCGACCAAAAGAAGCGCGAAGUCAACACUCGUCCCGAUCCCUUCGCCGAAUAUGUUCCUCCGCCCAAGCCACCGCUCAAGGCCAAGGAUGUCUUUGUGCCCCUGGUACCAGAUAGAACAGCAAAGCGUGAUCAAAAGGUUGACGAUGACGAUGGUCAUUACAUUGUUCAUGACCACGCUGACCUCACCGAACGAUACUCGAUUGUGAAACUGCUCGGCCAAGGCACGUUUGGCAAAGUGGUACAAGCAUACGACCGCAGGAGAAAUGCCGACGUGGCCAUCAAGAUCAUUCGAUCUGUGCAGAAAUACCGCGAUGCUAGUCGCAUCGAGUUGAGGGUCUUGUCGACUUUGGCCUGCAAUGACAAGCACAACCGCAACAAGUGCAUUCACCUGCGAGACACGUUUGACUUCCGCAACCACAUCUGCAUCGUCACCGACCUCUUGGGCCAGAGCGUCUUUGACUUCCUCAAGAGCAACACCUUCGUCCCAUUUCCCAGCACUCACAUUCAGCAAUUUGCUCGCCAGCUUUUUACGAGCGUCGCCUUCCUGCACGAUCUGAAUCUGAUCCACACCGAUCUCAAGCCCGAAAACAUUCUUCUUGUACAGAACCACUACCAAACCUUCACAUAUAACCGCAACAUCCCCUCGUCGUCAAACACGAAUCCUCGCUCGGCAAAGUUCCGCAGGGUACUGCUGGAUCCCGAGAUUCGACUCAUCGACUUUGGCUCAGCUACCUUUGACGACGAAUACCACUCAUCUGUUGUCUCGACUCGACACUACCGUGCUCCAGAAAUCAUACUCAACCUUGGAUGGAGCUUCCCUUGCGACAUCUGGAGCAUAGGUUGUAUUCUUGUCGAGUUCUUCACUGGCGACGCCUUGUUCCAGACGCACGAUAACUUGGAGCAUCUGGCAAUGAUGGAGGCCGUGUGCAAUACUCCUAUUGAUAAAGCACUUGUCCGUCAAGUCACUUCUGGCCGUGGCAGCAACAAGAACUCUGCUGCAGCCUACUUCAGACGUCAACAACUCGAUUACCCUCAGAGCGACACUCCUCGCUCAUCACGCAAGUUUGUCAAGGCGAUGAAACCUCUUCACGAAAUCAUCCCAGCCCACAACGAGUUCAACCGGAAGUUCCUCGAUCUGCUCAAAAAGAUCUUUGUCUAUGAUCCAAAGAAGCGUAUCACAGCACACCAAGCUCUGCAGCAUGAUUGGUUCAAGGAACACUACGAAGAUGACGGCACCGAAGCUGAAAAGAUCAAGAUUGAGAGGCAACGUGCCGCUCGUGCGGAAGCUCAGCGAAGUCAACAGCACGAUUCACAAGUUGGCCAGCUCGGCCGGUGA